CCUUCUUGGAAAAAAGACAUGACCUGAUCGAUGGUCAGACCAUGGUCAGACAAAGAAAUAGACACGUAUUUGAUUUUCUCUUGUUUCUGGAGCUUGAAUACCUUGACCACAAAUGAGACUGCCUUUAGCCUUUGGAACUUACAGGGCUUAUUCUGGUACAAAUUGGCAUGCUUUGUCCAACGAAGACUGAGCAGCAAAAAUUCAAUUACACUUCCUUAUCCAAAGACAGGAAAACCCAAUGAAAAGUAGCAACUAACUUCAGGUGUCACUCUUGCUUAGAGACGUGGAGGAAUAGAAUCUGCAAGGGAUAACGCGACACGCAGUCAUUACAAUAAGUGUGACCUCGUACUCGCUGCAGCCACAAGUCAGUUCUGCCAUCAUCCUCGCAAUCACGGCCAAAAUAUGCAGCAGACGAAAUUGACACGUGUGGACCACCUGAGAUCUUUGGCGCUGCGACACGAAUGUUGACAAGUUUAAACGAAGAAGAAAUCUUCAGCUCAAACACGUUGAAUUCAGCGACAUCAGGCAAAGAAAAAAGUGUUAAAUAUUGUGGCCUUUGAAAGAAAUGUGUAAGAAAUCAUUGGAGGAAUGAAGACCAGAGCAAUCACACAUGCAACAACUUUCAAAUAAAAAAAAAUGAUGCAGCUGUAGCAAAAAUAUAUUUGGUAAAAAAUCUCCGUUUGACGAGACGACUAUUUGAACAUUCGGUGGUACGCCAUUUUUAACUAGAAGAAUUCGCUAUAAAAAUGUCAAGUAAUGAUUGGGAGAAACUCCAGUAGGUGGCAGAAAAUUUUUCGCGAACGUCUUUUGUUUUCGUCGUUUCCGGAAUCUUCGCGCCUUCUCAAACGUGGGCAUACCUGAAAGUUCGCAGAAAACAGCAAGUGUGCAACGUGGAAGGAGACGUUUCUUGCCUUCUUUUGUGCUGGACUUUAAAAUUUGAUUUUCCUUGCUUGCAUUUGAAGAUAGUUUACAAUGCAGCUGUGCAAGGACAUUCAGCAUUACAACUGCAGAAACAUGUGGGUUCAGUUUACCAACAAGCAAAGCUGUUUCAGGAAAUCGAUGAUGCACUUCGAUGAUCCUUUUAUCCCACGUGGCGUAGCAUCUUGGUUCCAGAGGAACAGUCGCGCUGCAAGCUCCGUUACCGUUAAAGAAGACGCACAAAAACGUACGCGCGAGGACGUAAUAAAUUGUUGGACCAAAACAAUUUAUUACGUCAUUCCAUUUUUGAAAUUUUCUUGCGGGAAAGGUCAGCAGAGAAGAAAACAAAAGAAGCCGCAAGAAAAAUGCCAACCUAUUUGGUGUCCAUCCCCCAGGUGGAUGACAGUCUUGACUAUGUGGAAGAAGCGAGCAGUAGGCAAUCCUCGACGUAUUGUUUGGACGAUGGAUAAUCCCAAGUCGAACAAAUUUGCCGAAUCGGAGAAGGAAGAAAAAGAAGAAGAGAGUUGCAUAUGGACGGAGUUUGCUGGACGAUCCUCGUGCGCUGCCGUGACUCACCUGGGCGAUAAAUCGCAACCCGUGCCCGUCAAAAUUGUGUGGAGGAUCACGUUGAUCGUCGGCGUCGUCCUGACGGCCACCUCCACUUACUUCUCGGCUUCGUCGUUUAUGAAUUUUUCAGGACAUAGCGAAAUGAUGUUGCAGACGGAACGGGAUAACCGGAUCGACCACCCGAGCUACCACAUUUGCACUUCCAACACUUUUAAUCUGACCCUUCUCAAAGAAAUGGGAUUCGUUGAAGCCGAGAUGAUCUCCUACUUGACACUGAUGACGUCGCUCUUUGUCGUGUCACCUUCGCUCGUCCACGAUAUGGAAAGACAACGCCAAUUGGAGACCAAAUUCAAUCAAAUACUCGUCGAAAAAGGCAUUCAAGAUGUCGCAGAAAUUCUCCGAUUAGCUUUACUCAAGUGCGAGGACAUCAUCGCCGGUUGCAUCUUGUCGCCAGCCGUUCACGCCGACAGUUUCGAAUGCUGCGCCAAGUUUUUCCCGUCGGGUAGUUUCGCUUCUCCGACUGGCGCUUGCGUCACUACUUCUUCUGCCCCACCCAUCAUCCAGCGCAUCCCGUCCUUAGGAUUCGGUUUUGUUGUGCUCGUCAACGAUCUACGAGUCACUCGCGCACUGGAUAAUUCCAUCAUCAAUCCGAUUAUGGCCAAUCACAAAGGAGUGACAUUUUCAGUCGCCGACAAGUGGACGGAUCCCACGGUGGCCUUGUUCAGGGAACGUCAUUACACUCGGAUUGGACUAUGGACUUCUGCAGCCAUUUUCAGAACAACCAUCAACGAUGAGGAAAUUAUGCAUUCGGUCGUAUCCAGAAAAUUGUGUGCAUUUCGGGACGGGCAUAACAGUUUCCUACAUUUGGUGCCGGGAUUUAAAAAUUACACGCUGGACAAUUGCAUUUAUGCUGUACGCCAAAAGCGCGUUACUGAAAGCCUCAAUUGCUACAUCAUAACUCUGCCUUACAAAGGGAAUCUGCCGCCAUGUCGCCCGCAGCAAAUACUCAAGCUGGCGGGUCGAAUUUUUAACAGCCACGGAGAAUUGAAUGAUCCGCUGUUUGGAGCCGCUAGCGAAUGCGUUAGCGAAUGCUGGCAAGAAAAGUAUGAUGUCUCUGCCAGCUACGCCGAUUUGCAAUUGGCGGCUAACUUUCAAUUCGGCAACUGGACCGUAUCGCCUAAUCAAAGCGAUCAAUUGGCGGCGCUUAAUUUCUUCUACCCGACCUUCACCCAAAAUUUGUUGGUUAAUCAUUACCCAACCAUUAACCAAGGACUCGGCAUUUUGGGUGGCAAUUUGGGCCUCUUUCUCGGUGCCAGUAUGGUGACGCUGAUUGAACUGAUUGUGUUCUGCUUCAGCUGUUGCUGUCGACCCGAGAAAUUCAAAUGAAGAAGCAAAAUGGAAAUUGAAUGGAACGAAAUAGUUUAUUAGACAAAAAAUUCAAAUAAUAUCUGGAAAGAAAACAAAAGAAGAAAGAAGAAUGAUUUCACCGUAGACACUAUUAGAUAAUUAGAUUACAAUAAUAGCGUUCGUCUUCAGACAAUAAUGAAUCAAUACAUUGAAUAUACAGGU